AUGGCUGCUAAGAUCGUGGAUAGAGGCUAUUUGACCAAGUGCCGGCUGGAGGAAGCAAGAAUAGCAAGAGGAGAAGAGAGAAAGAAAUUCUUCAAAGAUGUGGUUCACUACUACUGGGAUGAACCCUAUUUGUUCAGAAAAGGGAAUGAUAACUUGUUCAGAAGAUGUGUGGCUAAAGAGGAAGUUGAGGGAAUCUUGUUCCAUUGCCACGGGUCAAGCUAUGGAGGCCAUUUUGCGGUUUUUAAAACAGUCCAGAAGGUGUUGCAAGCAGGUUUUUGGUGGCCAAGCAUGUUCAAGGAUGCUCAUGCCUUCAUCUCUAAGUGUGAGGCUUGUCAAAAGGCAGGGAACAUCACGGCAGGAACGAGAUGCCUCAGAACCCCUAUCUUGGAAGUUGAAGUGUUUGACGUGUGGGGAAUAGAUUUUGUUGGUCCAUUCAACCCUGCCUCUCACGGCAACUUACAUCUAGUCGCCGUUGACUAUGUCUCAAAAUGGGUGAAGCAUAGCCGCACCAACCAACGAUGCCAAAGUGUCCUCAAGCUGUUCAAGACUAUCAUCUUCCCAAGGUGUGAUAAUCAGUGA